UACGAAAACAAGAAGCAGCUAUUAAGAACGAAAUAAGACAAAAUUAGUUGGCAUUUAUGAUUUUCAUAGCAACUAUCGAUCCAUCUUUCUUAUCAUCGUCUAAACCAAGAUUUUAAACGUAAUCAUUGAAACUGAAAUCGGAAAUUCAUAAUUAUAUCGUGAUCUGUGGAAGUGAUGACAGCCGUUUUAUUGGUAAAACCGAUAAAGAAACAGUCUGUCAAUCACAUUCCAUAUCCUGCUGCAACCUUCUUCUAUAACCUUCAAUUUCCAUACUAACUCCUUCUCAUCAGAGAAAAACGAAACCAUCAAAAUAUGGCCGCACCACAAGAGGAAGUAGCCAACAAGGUAGAAGCUCUUGAACCUGACUGCUUGGCCCCACCGGAGGGGGAGAACAAACCUCCUCAAGAGAAAAGCCUCACUGAAAAGUCGGUAGAAAAGCCUGAUGAGGAGACACCUAUACAAGGUUCUGUGAAAAGAGAUGCAGUGCUUGCUCGAGUUGCAACAGAGAAGAAAGAUGCACUCAUCAAAGCAUGGGAAGAAAGUGAAAGGUCCAAAGUAGACAACAGGACCCAGAAGAAGCUGGCUGCGAUAGGAGCAUGGGAAAACAGUAAGAAAGCAGAACUAGAGGCUGAAUUGAAAAAGACUGAGGAGAAUCUGGAGAUGAAGAAGGCCAAGUGCAUCGAGAAGAUGAAGAACAAAGUAGCUCUCCUGCACAAGACAGCAGAAGAGAAGAGAGCAAUGACCGAAGCAAAACGCGGAGAAGAUCUUCUAAAAGCAGAAGAGAUUGCAGCCAAGUGUCGUGCUACGGGAUCUACCCCUAAGAAACUCCUGCGAUGGUUUUCAAGCUAAAUGAUCCAUCUAUGUUUAUUUGUAUGGUAAAAGAUUGAUUUCCAUGUUUUAUUGUUUUGUUUGCAUUUGUGUGCAGAUAAGGAAGAGUAUUUGUAACAGACAAGUUCCAAAAUAACAUUGAUAUCAAGUAGUUUCAGAUCACUGUUCUUAGUUUCUAAUCGAGUUAUCCACUCUCCAAAACAUAUAAAAGCCCACUAUCCUAACAAGUCUUUAACUGAGUUCUAGACAAAGUGUGGGCAUUAGAGUAAAUAAGCACAUGGAUUGCAACCAAGCAUUUCUAGGUCUUUUACUAUCUAUGGUACCUGUCAUUUUUAGGAAAAAGGACAGUACUUCUUGGCAA